GCAUGGCAAGAUGGAUAUAAAAAAGGGGAGGUUGUUUUGGACCUUUUGCCUAAUUUGGAGUUGUUGCAGCGGCAAAGAACCAGUUCAGAUAGUCCAGGUCUCUACUGUCACUAGGAGUGAAUGUGCCACCUGGGGCAAUUUCCACUUUCUUACAUUUGACCAUGUUAAAUUCACUUUUCCUGGAACCUGCACAUAUGUCUUCGCUUCGCACUGCAAUGACAGCUACCAGGACUUUAACAUCCAAAUCAGGCGCAGUAACAAUAGCUUCCUGAUCUACUUCACUGUCACUAUUGAUGGAGUGAUCUUGGAGGUGAAAGAGACAGGCAUCACAGUGAAUGGGAACAAGAUCCACAUGCCCUUCAGCUUGAAGAGCAUCCUGAUUGAGGACACCUGUACUUACUUCCAAGUCACUUCCAAGCUGGGCCUGACACUCAAGUGGAACUGGGCUGACACUCUCCUACUGGACCUAGAAGAAACAUAUAAAGAGAAAAUAUGUGGUCUAUGCGGGAACUAUGAUGGCAGUGAGAAGAAUGAUUUGGUUUUGGAUGGGUAUAAAAUGCAUCCAAGGCAGUUUGGGAACUUCCACAAAGUAGAGGAUCCAUCAGGAAAGUGUGCUGAUGUGAGUCCAGAUGACCGCACUGGAAGACAUCCUAGGAGGGAAGACAAUAGAUGCAGUAAAUAUAGAAAAAGAUGCAAGAAGCUUAUGUCUCAUUUUGGAAACUGCCACAGAGUUGUUGCUUUUGAUGACUAUGUAGAGACCUGCACUGAGGAUAUGUGCCACUGUGCAGUUAAUUCUUCUCACUUUGACUUGGUUUCCAGCUGCAUAUGCAGCACUCUAAACCAGUACUCUCGAGAUUGUGUCCUCAGGAAAGGAGACCCUGGGGAAUGGAGAACCAAAGAACUUUGCUAUCAGGAAUGCCCAAACAACAUGGUGUACAUGGAAUGUGGUAACUCCUGUGCUGACACAUGUGCUGACCCAGAAAGAAGCAAGAUUUGUAAAGCCCCUUGUACAGAUGGCUGUUUCUGUCCUCCUGGAACUAUCUUUGAUGACCUUGGUGGCAAAAAAUGCAUCCCCAGAGACAGCUGUCCCUGUAUGUUUCAAGGCAAAGUCUACUCGUCCAGAGGGACCUACUCCACUCCCUGCCAAAACUGUACCUGCAAAGGAGGCCACUGGAGCUGUAUCUCUCUGCCCUGUUCUGGAAUUUGCAAUAUAGAUGGAGGAUUCCACAUAACAACGUUCGAUAAUAAGAGAUUCAAUUUUCAUGGCAACUGCCAUUAUGUCUUAGCUAAGAAUACUGAUGAUACAUUUGUGGUGAUUGGAGAGAUUAUACAGUGUGGGACAUCAAAGACAAUGACUUGCUUAAAGAAUGUGUUAGUCACUCUAGGAAGAACUACUAUAAAAAUAUGUUCCUGUGGAGAUAUCUACAUGAACAAUUUCAUUGUGAAGCUGCCAGUAAGCAAAGAUGGCAUCACCAUCUUCAGACCCUCUACAUUUUUCAUCGAAAUCUUGAGCUCAACUGGAGUACAGAUUCAAGUGCAAAUGAAACCUGUAAUGCAGCUCUCCAUAACAGUCAAUCAUUCUUAUCAGAAUCGCACAUCUGGUCUUUGUGGCAAUUUCAAUAACAUCCAGACUGACGACUUCAGAACAGUCACUGGAGCUGUGGAAGAUUCAGCUUCUGCUUUCGGUAACUCAUGGAAAACUAGAGCCAGCUGUUUUGAUGUUGAGGACAACUUUGAAGAUCCUUGUUCAAACAGUGUGGAUAAAGAAAAAUUUGCCCAGCAAUGGUGUUCUCUUCUGUCUAAUACAAGCAGUGUGUUUGCUGCCUGCCAUUCUGUUGUAGAGCCUUCAGUAUACAUUAAGAAAUGUAUGUAUGACACCUGUAAUUCUGAGAAGAGUGAAGUUGCUCUGUGUAGUGUGCUCUCUACCUACUCCAGAGACUGUGCUGCAGCAGGCGUAUCCCUGAAGGGCUGGAGGCAGGGCAUCUGUGAUCCCUCUGAGGAGUGUCCUGAGACUAUGGUUUAUAACUAUAGCGUGAAAUACUGUAACCAGUCUUGCCGCUCGCUGGAUGAACCUGAUCCACUGUGUAAAGUUCAGAUCUCUCCUAUGGAGGGCUGUGGUUGCCCUGAAGGGACCUACCUCAAUGAGGAGGAGGAAUGUGUAACUCCAGAUGACUGUCCCUGCUACUACAAAGGCAAGAUUGUUCAGCCUGGCAACUCUUUCCAAGAGGAUAAACUGAUGUGCAAAUGCAUUCAAGGAAGAUUAGACUGCAUUGGAGAGACUGUCCUGGUGAAAGAUUGCCCUGCUCCUAUGUAUUACUUCAACUGCAGCACUGCAGGUCCUGGUGCAACUGGAUCAGAGUGUCAGAAAAGUUGUAAGACACAGGACAUGCAUUGUUAUGUCACAGAAUGUGUUUCUGGCUGCAUGUGUCCUGAUGGGCUGGUAUUGGAUGGCAGUGGAAGAUGUAUUCCCAAAGAUCAAUGCCCAUGUGUUCAUGGAGGACAGUUUUAUAACCCUGGGGAAACCAUCAAAGUGGACUGCAACACAUGCACCUGCAACAAAAGGGAGUGGAACUGCACAGACAAUCCCUGCAAAGGAACCUGCACUGUGUAUGGAAAUGGACAUUACAUGAGCUUUGAUGGGGAGAAGUUUGAUUUCCUGGGAGACUGUGACUAUAUCCUAGCUCAGGAUUUUUGCCCCAAUAACAAGGAUGCUGGCACCUUUCGAAUUGUAAUUCAGAACAACGCCUGUGGGAAGUCACUCUCCAUCUGCUCCCUAAAGAUCACACUGAUUUUUGAGAGCAGUGAAAUAAGGCUCUUGGAAGGAAGAAUUCAAGAGAUAGCCACUGAUCCGGGAGCUGAGAAGAAUUACCAAGUAGAUCUCAGAGGAGGUUAUAUUGUGAUUGAAACAAAUCAAGGGAUGAACUUCAUGUGGGACCAGAAGACUACUGUUGUUGUUCAUGUGGCACCAUCUUUCCAGGGAAAAGUCUGUGGCCUUUGUGGGGACUUUGACGGCCGCUCAAGGAAUGACUUCACAAGCAGAGGGCAGUCCAUGGAGAUGAGUAUCCAGGAGUUUGGAAACAGCUGGAAAAUAACAAGCACCUGCUCAAAUGUAAAUAUGACAGACCUGUGUGCUGAUCAGCCUUUCAAGGCUGCUCUGGGACAAAAGCACUGCAGCAUCAUUAAGAGUAACAUCUUUGAAGCCUGUCACAGUAAGGUGAACCCAAUACCAUAUUAUGAAUCUUGUAUUUAUGACUUCUGUGGCUGUGACAGUGUGGGAGACUGUGAGUGCUUUUGUACCUCGGUUGCUGCUUAUUCAAGAAGCUGUAGCAGAGCUGGUGUCUGUAUCAACUGGAGAACUCCUACCAUUUGCCCUGUGUUCUGUGAUUAUUACAAUCCACCUGACAAACAUGAGUGGUUCUAUAAACCCUGUGGAGCCCCUUGCCUAAAGACUUGCAGGAACCCACAAGGGAAAUGUGGGAACUUGCUGUACAGUUUAGAAGGCUGUUACCCGGAGUGCAGUCCUGAUAAGCCAUAUUUUGACGAGGAGAGCAGGGAGUGUGUCUCCCUCCCCAACUGCACUUCAUGUGAUCCUGAACAGAAACUGUGUACUGAAGACUCCAAAGAAUGCCUUUGCUGCUACAAUGGAAAGACUUACGCCUUAAAUGAAACUGUAUACAGCCAAGCAUAUGGGACCAAAUGUGGUGAUGCUGUCUGUGGCCCUAAUGGGGAGAUCAUUAAAACAUUCAUCCCUUGCAGAAUACCAUCCACACCAGCACAAGAAGCACAAAUGCAACGUGUAACAUCUACACCUCCAUCGUCAAUGGUAGCCACUCCCUGCUUCUGCAAUUACAAUGGACAAUUGAUACAAAUGGGAGAAAAUGUUUCUCUGCCAGUGAAUGUACCAGGUCACUGUGCUUACUCCAUUUGCAAUGCAUCAUGUCAGAUUGAAUUAAUUUGGGCAGAGUGUAAAAUUGGUCGUACUGGGCCCCUCAAGACCUGUGAUCCAAUCUCUGAAGCCUGUCCACUAGCACCUGCUCCCAGUGCACCAAGCCAAGCUUCUGCUUCAACAGGGACUCCUGUGAGCGAUUGUCUUGGGCUCAUUCCCCCCCGAAAGUUUAAUGAAACAUGGAACUUUGGAAACUGCCAGAUUGCAACUUGCCUGGGAGAAGGAAACAGUAUUAAACUGUCCAGCAUGACUUGCCCACCUCAGCAACUGAAACUCUGUGUCAAUGGUUUCCCAUUCACAAAACACUAUGAUGAAACUGGUUGCUGUGAAGUCUUUGAGUGUCAAUGUAUUUGCAGUGGAUGGGGAAAUGAGCAUUAUAUGACUUUUGAUGGAACAUAUUAUCAUUUUAAAGAAAACUGCACCUAUGUGCUUGUGAAGUCAACUCAUCCUGACACUCACAACUUCUGGAUUCACAUAGACAACUACUACUGCAGUGCCAUUGAUGGAGCAAUUUGUUCAAUGUCCCUUCUCAUUUUUCACUCUAACUCUGUUGUUGUUCUGACACGAGCAAUGGAACAUGGAAAAGAAACAAACUUGAUUUUGUUUAAUGAUAAGAAAAUUGUUACAGACAUUUCCAAGAAUGGUAUCAGGAUAACCAGUUCCGGCCUCUACGUCAUAGUAGAAAUUCCUGAAUUAGAAGUUUAUGUCUCCUACAGUCGACUUGCAUUUUACAUAAAACUGCCUUUCAGAAAGUUUUAUAACAGUACCAUGGGAGUGUGUGGUACCUGUACCAACCAGAGAUCUGAUGAUGCUAUGAAGACGAAUGGUGAAGUUAUCGAGUCCUUCAAAGAGAUGGCAUUAGAUUGGAAAGUCCCAGGUCCUACCAACAGAUAUUGUAAUCCAGGUGUUUCAGAACCAGCUGAGAUUGAAGAUCAUCAGCACUGUGAGCCUUCCAAUCUGUGUAAAAUCAUCUGGAACUUGACCGAGUGCCACAGCGUGGUCCACCCACAGCCCUACUACGAGGCGUGUGUGGCCAGUGGGUGCUCAGAACAGUACCCCAGCUCCGAAUGCCAGAGCAUGCAGACAUAUGCAGCAUUGUGUGGGCUCCACGGGGUCUGUGUGGACUGGAGGAGGCAGACGAAUGGACAGUGUGAGGCCAGCUGUGUUCAGGAUCUGGUAUACAAGCCAUGCGGAGAAGCAAAAAGAGACACUUGCUUUAGCAGAGGAGUCAUUAGAAAAACCCCUCCCUCCCAAAAUAACACACCAGUGUUUGUUGAGGGAUGCUACUGUCCUGAUGGAAAAAUUCUGCUGAAUGAUCAUGAUGGCAUUUGUGUUUCUGUCUGUGGUUGCACGGCACAAGAUGGGUCAGUGAAACAGCCUAGAGAGGCUUGGGAGCAUGACUGUCAAUACUGUACUUGCGAUGAAGAGACCUUGAACAUCUCUUGCUUCCCCCGCCCUUGUGCUAUAUCUCCACCUAUCAACUGCACUAAAGAGGGCUUUGUACGCAAAAUUAAAACACGUCUGGAUGACCCAUGUUGCACAGAUAUAGUCUGUGAAUGUGAUGUAAAAACCUGCAUUAUCAACAAAAGAGGAUGUGACUUAGGCUUCCAACCAGUGGUUGCUAUAUCUGAGGAUGGCUGCUGUCCUAUUUUCUCCUGUAUACCAAAAGGUGUAUGUGUUUCUGAAGGAGUUGAAUUUAAGCCUGGGGCAAUGGUGCCUAAAAGCUCUUGUGAGGACUGUGUGUGCACAGAUGAACAGGAUGCUGUGACACAGACCAAUCAUAUCCGGUGUGUUCCAGUGAAAUGCCAAACCACCUGCCAGCAGGGUUUCCGCAGUGUGGAAGAGGACGGUCAGUGCUGCAGCCAGUGCCAGCAAGUGGCAUGUGUGGCAAGUUUUCCAUUUGGCAAUGUGACCAUUGAGGUUGGAAAGAGUUAUAAAGCUCCAUAUGAUAACUGUACUCAGUACACGUGCACUGAAUCAGCGGGCCAGUUUUCCUUGACUAGCACAGUAAAGGUCUGUCUACCAUUUGAAGAAUCAAACUGUGUCCCGGGGACAGUUGAUGUGACUUCAGAUGGCUGUUGUAAGACAUGUAUCGAUCUGCCGCAUAAAUGCAAACGCAAUGUGAAAGAGCAGUAUAUCAUCCACAAGAACUGUAAAUCAGCUGCCCCAGUCCCAGUGCCCUUUUGUGAAGGGACGUGCAGUACCUAUUCUGUGUAUUCCUUUGAGGCCAGUGAAAUGGAACACAAAUGCAUUUGCUGCCAUGAAAAAAGGAGUCAUGAAGUGAAGGUGGAUCUUGUUUGCUCUGAGCAUAAAAGAGUCCAAUUCACAUAUAUGCAUGUAGAUGAAUGUGGAUGUGUGGAAACAAAAUGCCCAAAGAGGAGAACAUGAGCAUAAAAUAAAGAAUCAUCUCAGCUCCCAUUUAAUGCUUCCCUAGCAAAUGCUUUCCCUAUAAAACAGCUGUGAGUAAUGUUCAGAUGACUAUAUUUCUCUCUUAUUCUUUUUCCUUUUAGUAUUAUAUGCAGUUAUGGAAAUUAGCUAAAGAUUUUGCUCUAAAUGCUUGUCAAAUAAAUUGCAUUUCAAAGAG